UCCCCAAAGAUGAAAAAAAUUGUCGUUAAGGAGUUUAUUACGGUUAAGAAGGUGCGCUACUUGCCAAAGCCGCCACCACCUCCGCCGCCACCGCCCCAACGCCAUGUACUCGUGGUGGGGAGCUGCACCUUGGACCUGGUCACGGUGUGCGAUGUUCAUCCCACGGCCGGCGUGGAUCAGCGCACCAGCGAGGGAUGCUGGCGACGCGGCGGUAGCGCAUCGGACAUGUGCAGCGUUCUGCGUCGCCUGGGAACGGCGUGCGAGUUCCUUGGGCGACUGAGCAGGGCCAGGGCGUUUGAGGAUCUGUUGACCAGCUUCCGCUCGAUGGGUAUCGACAUCUCGCACUGUCCGAUGUCGGCCCACCAGCCGACGCACCGCAGCAUCAUCACGAUUCGAGGCUGCGAAACGCACACCAUCCUGGAGUACUCGAAUCGCCGACAAGAGCUCACCUUCCAGCAGUUCCUUGGUGCCGUCGACUACCAGAUGAUUUCGUGGGUGCACUUUGAGCCCCGCAGUCCCACGGAAACGGUGCGCAUGGUACAGGCCGUGCGCGACUUCAACGAGCGCUGCCCGGAGGAGAGAAUCAUCCUUUCCGCCGACCUGGCCAGCCUCAAGAAGCCCAGCCUGAUGGUGGCCGACCUGGUGGACUAUGUGUUUGUCCGCAAGCACCUGAAGCAUGCGAAUUCCUUCAUGAACGGACACGAGACGGUGUGGGCCGUACGUGACGGACUACGUCAAGUGCGUGCCGAAUGGAAGAAGAAUCAGCCCCGAAAGACGCCCCACCCCACACAGGGCUUUCCGCCCGUGGACCCAAGCCACUGCCCAGCCCCACCGCAGGACGUCCCCACCAUUAUCUACAACAACUAUGCGGAGGGGGCCAGCUGCCUGCUGCCCGACGACACCUUCUUCAAGGUGGGCCCGCAUACGCCGCAAAAGAUCGUGGACGUGAUCGGUGAAAACGAGACGUUCGCGGCAGCAGUCAUCUAUGCGUUGCUGGAGCCAAAUCUGCGGCUGCGCGACGCCCUGGAGUACGGCACUCGAGCGGCUGUCUUCAAGGUGCAACAGGAUGGAUUCGAUGGUCUGCGCUGCAUGCCUAAGGAUCUCAUCGGAUGCUACUACGCAUAAGCGCCUGAGCGACUAAGCGGCAGAGCGGCUGAGCCUGAGGUCAUGACCAAACUGGGUUAUCAGGCAUCGUUCCUCUUAGCAUGAGUUUUGGCCUUGAGUUUGGCUGGAAAAACACCAACAGCUGAAGAGUAGCAUUGAUUCGAAGAAUAAACUGAUUCAUUGAUCGUUGUUUAGUUAA